AGAGGAGGAUUCCUUGUUCUCUUUCUCCUCUUCUGCAACUCCCGAAAGUGCGGAGCUCAGGCGUAAAUGGCGGAUGCCCGGGAAUCCCUCGUCGACGGCAACCUCCUGGCGGCGAGAGCCUUCGCUCGCGCCGGCGUUGACCACAUGUUUGGAGUAGUCGGCAUUCCUGUGACUUCCUUCGCCAAUUGCUCCGUCUCCGAGGGCAUCCGAUUCAUCGCAUUCCAUAACGAGCAGUCGGCCGGCUAUGCCGCCAGCGCUUAUGGUUACCUCACUGGUAAGCCAGGCGUUCUUCUUACUGUCUCUGGCCCCGGCUGCGUCCAUGGCCUCGCCGGGCUCAGCAACGCCAUGAUCAAUACUUGGCCUAUGGUCUUGGUGUCCGGCUCCUCAGACCAGGCCGACGCCGGAAAGGGCGAUUUCCAGGAGCUCGAUCAGCUUGCGGCCGUGAAGCCGUUCGCAAAAUGCGCAGUCAAGGCCACGGACAUCCGGAAGAUCCCGGAGCUCGUGUCGACCGUCGUAAAUUCCUGCGUUGCUGGGCGCCCCGGCGGGUGUUACCUUGAUUUGCCGACCGACGUUCUCCACCAGACUCUCCCAUACGGCGAGGCGGCCGAUCUGCUCGAGGCCGUGCAGCCUUUCGUUCCCGCGUGGGCGGAUGGGGACCCUAGCGGGGGAAGAACUGCGGUUUCGGAGGAUAAGAUCGAGGCGGCAGUCGCUGCUCUCCGGGGAGCACAGCGACCGCUGGUGGUGUUCGGGAAGGGGGCAGCCUAUGCGCGGGCAGAGAAGGGUCUUAGGGAUUUCGUGGAGAUCACGGGGAUACCCUUUCUUCCGACGCCGAUGGGCAAGGGUUUGAUUCCGGAUACACACCCGCUUGCCGCUACCGCGGCCAGGUCUCUGGCGAUCGGCCAAGCCGACGUCGUGCUCGUUGUCGGUGCGCGGCUCAAUUGGCUGCUCCACUUCGGGGAACCGCCGCGGUGGUCGCCGGAGGUGAAGUUCAUCCUGGUGGAUGUGUCGGAGGAGGAGAUCGAGUUGCGGCGGCCGCACGUGGGAAUUGUGGGGGACGCGAGAUUGGUAAUGGAGGCGAUGGUGAGGGAAGUAAAGGACGAUCCGUUCUGCCUCGGCCGGAGCCACCCGUGGGUGGAGAAGGUGCGCGCUAAGGCAGAGGACAACGUGAAGAAGAUGAGCGCCGGGCUGGAGCGGGUGGUGGUACCCUUCAACUUCCUGACGCCAAUGAGGAUCAUACGGGAUGCGAUCCUUAGUCUGGGGAGCCCCAGCCCUAUCUUGGUCUCCGAGGGUGCCAACACUAUGGACGUCGGCCGGGCCGUGUUGGUGCAGACUGAGCCUCGGACGCGGCUGGACGCCGGGACGUGGGGAACCAUGGGUGUCGGGUUGGGUUACUGCAUCGCAGCGGCGGUGGCGGAGCCGAAGCGGCUGGUGGUUGCGGUCGAGGGCGAUUCGGGCUUCGGCUUCUCUGGCAUGGAAGUUGAGACGGUGGUACGAUACCAGUUACCUGUGGUUGUGAUUGUCUUCAACAAUGGUGGUGUCUAUGGUGGGGACCGGAGGAACCCAGAAGAUAUUAAGGGGCCUUACAAGGAUGAUCCUGCACCUACUUCUUUUGUUCCUGGUGCUGCAUAUCACACACUCAUGGAAGCUUUUGGAGGCAAAGGCUACCUUGUUGGUACACCUGAAGAGCUUCAAUUUGCUUUGAAUGAAUCCUUCUCUGCCCGUCGUCCAGCUCUUAUAAAUGUGACAAUUGAUCCUUAUGCUGGAGCUGAGAGUGGAAGAAUGCAACACAAAAACUGAUGUCUAUACUUCUCCAAUCUUCCACAAACUUACCUUUUGAGUUUAAGUUUUCAUAGUAUUAAUAGUUGUUGUACCACUGAAUCUGAGGGUGUGUAAUAUUCUAUCAUUCUGUGCAACUAUAGGAUAAAGUUAUGGCAAUUUGUACGGACAAGUUACUUGUCUGUAAUAUCUUUUGUUAAUUCUUCAUGCCCUUUUUGUACUUGUUUUCAA